CUCUCCCCAGGCGCAAAGAUGGGGUGCUUCACCUUUAUCAAGGUCAUCAUGAUCAUCUUCAACCUGGCCAUAUUCCUUGGUGGCGGGGCCCUCCUAGGAGUUGGCAUCUGGGUCACAGUGGAUGGAGAGUCAUUCGUGGAUAUAUUUGGGGCGCUCUCCUCUAGCGUCCUUCAGGUUGUCAAUGUGAGCUACUUCCUCAUCGCCAUUGGUGCCAUCCUGAUGGUGAUUGGCUUCCUUGGGUGCUGCGGUGCCCAGAAGGACAGCAAGUGUCUCCUGAUAAUGUUCUUCUCAGUGGUGCUGAUUAUCUUCAUUGCCGAAGUUGCUGCUGCCGUGGUGGCUCUGGUCUACACAGGUCUUGCAGAGACGCUGCUGGUGACCACGGUGGGCCCUCUGCUGAAGGAGAAAUAUGGGUCGGAUACUAGUUUCACAUACAUCUGGAAUAUCACCAUGACGGAGGUCCAUUGCUGUGGCCUGAAUAACUACACAGACUUCACUGGCUCCCCCUGGUACAACAAGUAUGAAACCUACCCAGUGCCCUGCUGUGAUAACGUGCAGCCCUGCAACGAAACGCUCGCCGCACAAAGCAAUGUCUCGGGUUGUUUCAAGCAGAUCUUGAAAGAAAUCAGGACUCAUGCAGGUGCGGUGGGUGGCGUGGCAGCUGGCAUCGCUGCCUUGGAGAUUGCGGCCAUGGCAGUUUCCAUGUACCUGUACUGCCACCUGGAUCAGAAAUGA